UUGCCACCACCACCACCACCAAUCCUUCUUAACUUUCAUGGCGGCGGCGGCGGCGGCGGAGAAUUAAACUAACAAUCAGUAAUUUCCGAUCCCCAGCUAACUUCCUAUCCCUUCAUAAUUAAGCUGAACCAAGAUUCCCACCAUUAUUUCAUUCCUCCAAGAUUGCCACUCACCUGAAGAGGAAAGGCUAACCAUUCUCAUUCUUCACCUUAAUGGCUCAUCUCUCAUGUAUCCUUGUGGUUCCGGCGGCCCUCAUUCUCCUCUUCCUCUGUCCAGGUGGUAGGGGUGCAAUGUUUACGCUAGUAAACAAGUGUAACCAAACAGUAUGGCCAGGAAUUCUGGGCAGUCCAAAGCUUGACACGACGGGAUUUGAGCUGCCUCCGAGAGGGAGCUCUCGUUCAUUCCAAGCCCCUACCGGCUGGUCCGGCCGGUUCUGGGGAAGAACCGGCUGCAGAUUCGACGAUUCCGGUAGCGGGUCAUGCGCCACCGCCGACUGCGGCUCGGGCCAAAUUGAGUGCGGCGGCGGCGGCGCCACGCCGCCGGCCACACUCGCGGAGUUCACACUGGGAACCGGCUCUCAGGACUUCUAUGACGUCAGCCUCGUCGACGGCUACAAUUUGCCGGUGACGGUGGACGCGAGCGGCGGGUCGGGUCCGUGCGCCUCCACGGGUUGCGCCGAGGAUUUGAACCAGAAAUGCCCCGCGGAGCUGAGGACGGAGAAUGGGAGAGCGUGUAGAAGCGCGUGCGAUGCCUUCAAGACUCCGCAGUAUUGCUGCGCAGGCGCGUACGCUUCACCUUCCUUGUGCGCGCCUUCCAUUUACUCGCAGCUCUUCAAGUCGGCGUGCCCCAAAUCGUAUAGCUACGCGUAUGACGACGCCACGAGUACAUUCACGUGUACCGCAGCUAAUUACAUCAUCACAUUUUGCCCCUCAUCCGCUCCUAAAUCAUUGGGAUCUGAAGGUACAACAACCGAACCCGGGUCAGGAAUGGAAGCAGAACCGGAGCCAGGGACAGAAGAGGAGCCAGAGUCAGGGACUGAAGGGGAGCCGGGAUCUGGUUCAAUGCAAAGCGCAAUGUUGGCGGAUGGGUCGUGGUUGGCGGAUUUGGCCACGGGGGGUUCAAACCGGCUAGACCACUCUAGGGGUGGUGUCCAAUUCAUGGCAUUCAAUAUUGUUAUUGUAUUUUUGCAUAGACUAUUGCAAUCAUAAUGUUGUAUUUCACUCAUUUUAUUUUUUACCCUUAACCAUAGAGAAUAUAGGGCGAAAUAAAAACAUUCUAAAAUUGUCACGACUGUUA